AAGAAACCUCUGAACUGUUCAUUAAUACAGUCAGGUAGAGGUUGAGACUCCACUGAAUAAACUCUAGGUUCCCAUUUCUUUCAGCCAGAUCCUCCCAGGGAAUCACAACAGGCUGGUUAGCCAAAAAGUCCUGGUUUUCUGCUCAAUAGAGGUCCUUACUGGAAGGCAGCAUGUCCAAUGUUACCUUGAGAAAAAUGUCUCCCACAGGAAAUGAGAUGAAGAGCACCAUUCAGGGAAUCACACAGAAGCAGCAGGAUUUUCAUGAGGUGAACAAAAGAAGAACUUUCUUACAGGAUAACAGUUGGAUAAAGAAACGCCCUGAAGAAGAAAAAGAUGAAAAUUACGGUAGGGUGGUGCUCAACCGACAUAAUUCCCAUGAUGCAUUGGACAGGAAAGUAAAUGAGAAAAAUGUGCCAAAGGCUACAAUUAGUCGGUAUAGUUCUGAUGACACUUUGGACAGGAUCUCAGACAGAAAUGAUGCUGCUAAAACAUAUAAGGCCAAUACCUUGGAUAACCAACUAACCAAUAGGAGCAUGUCCAUGUUUAGAUCACCGGAAGUAACAAAGCUGCAACCUGGAGGUUCAUUGAAUGCCAACACCUCCAACACCAUAGCAUCCACUUCUGCUACUACUCCUGUAAAGAAGAAGAGGGAACCAGGUGUUCACCCUCCAAUACCUCCAAAGCCCAGUUCUCCUGUUUCUUCUCCUAACCAGCUGAGACAGGAUAAUAGGCAGAUACAUCCACCUAAACCGGGUGUAUAUACAGAAACCAACAGAUCUGCUGAAAGAAAUAUAAGGACUCAGGAUCUUGAUAACAUCAUCAAAGUGGCCACUUCACUUCAGAGAACUGACAAAGGUGAAGAAUUGGAUAAUCUCAUCAAAAUGAAAAAAAGCUUGAAUAGGAAUCAAGGUCUUGAUGGUCUCUUCAGAGCAAAUCCAAAGGUAGAUGAAAGAGAGAAAAGAGCCAAAAGCCUUGAAAGUCUCAUCUAUAUGAGUACCCGGACAGAUAAAGAUGGCAAAGGAACCCAAAGCCUUGGAAGUCCGAUUAAAGUUAAUCAAGGGACUGACAAAAAUGAAAAAGGAAGACAAGAUCUCGAAUCAGUUGUUAAAGUGAAUGCCAGGAUGAAUAAAAUGAGCAGAAGAAGUGAAGACCUUGAUAAUGCUACCAAAGUAAAUCCCAAAGGAAAUGAAAAUACCACCGGGGGCCAGAGCCUUGAUAAUCUCAUCAAAGUGACCCCUGAAGUAAACAGAAAUAACCAAGGUUCCAAAGACCUUAAUAACUUCAUCAAAGUGAAUCCAGGAACAGAAAAAAGUACUCAAGGGGGCCAAAGUCUCGACAGCCUCAUUAAAGUGGCUCCUGAAAGAAACAGAACUAACCAAGGGAACCAAGACUUGGAAAAUCUUAUCAAAGUGAUCCCUUCAGCAAACAAAAGCAGUGAACAAGGUCUUGAUGAACAUAUUAAUGUCAGCCCCAAAGCUGUCAGAAACACUGAUGGAAAACAAGAUCUUGAUAAACUCAUCAAAGUGAAUCCUGAAAUUUUCACAAAAAACCAAAGAAACCAAGAUCUUGCUAACCUCAUCAAAGUAAAUCCUGCAGUAAUCAGAAACAAUCAGAGCGAAGACUUGGACAAUCUUAUUAAAGUGAAACCUUCAGCUCUUAGAAACACUAAUAGAGACCAGAACCUGGAAAAUUUAAUUGAAGUAAAUUCUCAUGUGUCUGAAAACAAGAAUGGGAGCUCUAACGCUGAAGCCAAGCAGGCAGGACCACAGGAUACUGUUGUGUACACAAGGACAUAUGUGGAGAAUAGUAAAUCACCCAAGGAUGGAUAUCAGGAGAAUAUCUCUGGAAAAUACAUACAAACUGUUUAUUCAACUUCUGAUAGGUCUGUCAUUGAAAGAGAUAUGUGCACUUACUGCCGAAAACCCUUGGGUGUAGAAACUAAAAUGAUUUUAGAUGAGUUACAAAUUUGCUGCCAUUCUACUUGCUUUAAGUGUGAAAUAUGCAAGCGGCCUUUGGAAAAUCUACAAGCGGGUGAUAGUAUUUGGAUUUAUAGACAGACAAUACACUGUGAACCUUGCUACUCUAAAAUUAUGGCAAAGUGGAUUCCAUAACUCUGGCACAAGGAAAUCAAGAUGAAAAGCACUCAUUAAGGAAUUAAAAGUUACAAGUUUUAUCUUAAUAAUAUGUAAUCUAGAAAAGCUUUCACAUUGAAGAUCAACUCAUAUAAAAUUAACAAUUCUGUUAUUGCAUAAGUAAUCUAAUUGUCUUCAAUAAGGUCACACACAUAAAAAGAGCCAUCUGGUCUCUGGCUAGAGUUAGCAAUAAAAAGUUCAAAUGGUUCCAGAUUGCAAUGUCAAAGGAAUGAUGCAUUACACUCCAGCCAGGUCCAUCCCUGCUCCGUAUGUUGGCUGUGAGUGGUGGUUUCCAUUUAAACCAAGUUUCUCAUUUCUUCACCUUUUUUCCUCUAAGAAUUUGGAUUCGUAGACAUUGACAUCCCAAAGAACUGUCAAGGAAGCAAGAUAUGCUUUCUUCAUCUGCAAAAGAAAUACUAACAGCAAUUUUCUUAUACAGUUUGGCAGAAAGAUGUUAACGUAAGAAGUUUCUAGACCUCAAAAAUCACUAAACUUUCCAGAUCUCUGUGCUAUUAUUUGUAACGUAAGCGGCAUUGGAUAAAAUGAUUUCUAGGGUUCCUUUUGCUUCCCAAAUUCCGUGAUUCUAAAGCAGGUUUUAGUUUGCUCUUUGGAAACAUAUAUGCGUACGUGUUUGUUAAGCCUAUUGAACUAGGUAGGACAUAUAAACAAUUUAAUUUUAGUGUCAUUGUUUAAUCACAGACUUAGUGUUUGAAAACGGUGUUUUAAAAACAGAAACAGAUUGAUGGGUAACAGGUAAAAUCAUAUGACAUGUAUAGCUUACGUGUUAUUAUUUGUUAAAUUUUCUUUGUAUGCAUUUCAAAAUCUGGGUAUACUUAUAAUCUAUUAGAAGUAAUGGUUAUGGACUAAAAAGAUAUGUUCUUUAGUAUGUUAUAUAUACUCAUAUUACAUAGCACUAUAUUUACAAAAGGCUUAUAAAAAUAAAAUGAACUAUCAGUUACAUAGAA